GCUGCAGCCGUCCCUGCUCCUCCCUGCAGACCCACUCCUGGGUGCAGCCGGACACAGCACGGUCCUGUCAUUGCCUGCAGCCGUUCACCACGGCUUUACUGACUUCUGGGCUCUGGAGUCCCACCGCCGGUGGCUCUGGGAGUGAAAAGCAACAAGUGCUCUACAGCAAUUCCUCCUCUGGCCGCUCCCUUGUGCCAGGGCACCACUGUCAACCACCACUGUGAUGUCACCGCUAUGCGGCACAGGCGUCACAGUGACAUGUCAGAAUAUCCCACUGGUACCCACAGUCAGCCGGUGCCAGUUGGCCUUUGCUUGCUGACUGGCAGGACAAGGCCUGGCUGUCCAGAGCAACGGCCAGCGAGGGAAACCUGGGUCCAGCAGAGACAAAAGAAACACAAAGGGAGGUGUUUCCCACAGAAACACCAUCCUGUGCUGCUGGGGACGAGCCGGGGCAGUCGGCAGACACAACUUCUCUUGGCCCUUCAGGGCAGGGGCAAAGAGCCCCCUGUGACACUGCCAGACAAGCACAAAUGGAGGAGUGGGCUGUCCAACCUGGCAGCGAGGGACACGAGACCAGACAAGUCCCUCCUGGUUCCAGCAGGUGCAUGGGUGAAGAGAAAGGAUUCUCAUACCUCUGCUUUCCACAAAAGCUUUGGAAGAUUGUGGAAAGUGACCGCUUUCAGUCCAUCUGGUGGAGUGAGGGUGGGAAAUGCGUGGCCAUCGAUGAAGAACUUUUCAAAGAGGAGGUGCUGGGCAGGGGAGGAGCUCUGCGGAUUUUCACCACGCAGAGCAUGAAGAGCUUCGUUCGGCAGCUGAAUCUAUACGGCUUCACCAAAAUGCAGCAGGAUUUUCAAAGAUCUGCCUCCCUGCCUGAAUUCCUGGCAGAAGAAGCAGCAGCUGCUGCUCACAGCCAGAUACUCCAUUACUAUAAUCCCAGCUUUAACAGAGAGUAUCCUCAGCUGCUGGAGAAGUGCAGGAGGAGAGUUGGCCUCAAACGGCGAGCCCCAGACACACCGGGGAUGGAUGCAAGGCACCCCUCCAGAAGCCCAGAUGGUCAGCCCGCAGGGGACACACAGGCAUCCCUGCCUGGCAUGAACACACCCACCAAGCAAUGGGCUGAAGCACCUCCCGGCCUUGGCAGCGCCCACCCAUCUCCACUGGCAGCUGCUCCCACACUUCCAGAGCCUGCCGGAGCAGCAGGCAGCGACCGCUUCACCCCUCUGGCUGCCUUCUUCCUGCCACCACCCAGCAGCCAAACCCUGGGUGACCUCCAGCAUCCUGCUUAUGCUCCUCCAGGGUUUGCAAUGCCCAUGCUGGCAGCAGCCUCCACUCUGCUGGGGCCAAGGCCACCCCAUGGCCUGAGCCUGACAGUCCCCCACUGCCCCACCUGCACCUGCUGCCCCAGCCCUGCAGAUGGACCCCAGCACGGCACAGCCUAG